CCCCGCCCAUCCGCCGCUCCUGUCGUCUCCCGGUCAGGUGUUCGUCUGACAGCGACGUAAACUUUGCCUUUGGUAAAACCUCCGGCUUCUGUGUCUGGACUAAGUUACCCGAGGCGAUGCUCAGGCGGAUUUUACAGAUGACUCCUGGGAAAGGAGGCUCCCAGAAUGCAGAGUCAGAGCAGCCCAGCACAGACCUGAACCAUGACCAGACCUCUGAGGGUUUCAUCUGCCCUCAGUGCAUGAAGUCACACAACUCUGCAGAGGAACUGUUCAAACAUUAUGAGCUUUUCCAUGAUACUGGAGAUCUUCCUGCACAUGUGGCCCCCACCAGGGAGGACCUGACAAUGUUAAGACAAGAGGUUCAGGACCUACAUGCCUCUCUAAAAGAAGAACGAUGGUUCUCUGGAGAGCUGAAGAAGGAGUUAGACAAAGUCCAAGGACACCUGAAGCAAACAGAUGGGCCGACAAGCUCAGACGAUUCAGCGCUGGAGAAGUUGAACGAAUUGGAGGCAGAGAAGUUUAACAUCAAGCAGAUGAAAGACCUGUUUGAGCAGAAGGCUGCGCAGCUGGCCACAGAGAUAGUAGAUAUCAAGUCCCGAUAUGAUGAGGAGAAGAGUUUAAGGGAGGUUGCUGACCAGAGGAUUUCCAAGUUAACUGAACAGCUGCAGCAGAGCAAGCAGGACAAUGAACAACUGCAGACAGAGCUGUUGCAGAGACCUGGCGUGGAGGAUGUGGAGGUGCUGCAGAAGGAGCUUGUACAAGUGCAAACAUUGAUGGACUCAAUGACUCGUGAGAGGGAACUGGAAUCUGAACGUCUAAAGAACCACUAUGAGCAGUUACAAGCCAACUACACAAACUCAGAGAUUCGUAAACAUGAGAUGACCAUUUCUCAGCUCAAGGCCGAGCUGGAGAAGGGUCCACAGGAAGCAGCUGUCUACACACAGCAGAUCCAUCAGCUGCAGAGCGACCUGAAUAAUAUGACUCAACAAAACCAGAGCUUGUCUGAGCACUUGGCGCGUAAGGAAAAAGAGCAUCAGGAGCUGAAGGAGAAAUGGACUGCUGAGAAAACUUCAAAAGAGGGAGUCCAGGACCGUCUGAGGGAGAAGGAGCAGGAAGUCCAGGAGCUCCUGGGCAGAGCCACAGGGGCAGAGACAUCCCUGCAGAAGGUCCAGGCAGAGCUUGGAGAGAAGGUCGGGGAGCUGGCCAAGUUAAAGAGCGAGAUUACGGAGCUGGAGUUGAAGCAUGCCGAACUGAAGGUCGAGAGGAAGCAGUUGGAACAACAGAGGGAGGAAAAAGAAAGCAAAGGCGCUCAGCAGCAAACGGAGAUCGGCCAGCUUCAUGCCAAACUGCUGGAGGCGGAGAGGCAACUGGGAGAAGUUCAGGGUCGACUGAAAGAGCAGAGGCAGCUAUCUGGAGAGAAGCUGAAAGAUAGAGAGCAGCAAGCCGCCGACCUGCAGCUGAAACUUUCGCGUGCUGAAGAGCAGAUGAAGGAGAGUGCCGGGAAGAACACAGACCUGCAGCACCAGCUGGAGAAAGCCAAGCAGCAGCAUCAGGAGCUUCAAGCACUGCAGCAGACCACGAAUGGCAAACUGAGAGAGGCUCAGAAUGAUCUGGAACAGGUGCUGCGCCAGAUUGGGGAUAAAGACCAAAAGAUCCAGAACCUGGAAGCUCUGCUGCAGAAGAGUAAGGACAUAGUGAGCCAACUGGAAGCUGAGAGAGAGGAUCUGUGUGCCAAAAUACAAGCCGGAGAGGGAGAGACAGCUCUGCUGAACCAGCUGAAGGAGAAAAACCAAGCGUUACAGCAACAGGUUACACAGUUGACAGACAAGCUAAAGAACCAGUCGGAGAGCAACAAGCAAGCGCAGGACAACCUUCACGAGCAGGUCCAGGAGCAGAAGACUCUCCUGCGGUCAGCUCAGGACAGAGCCUUAAGUCUGGAGACCUCUGUUAAUGAAUGUACUGCCCAGCUGGCUGAGAGCAAGGAGAAGGUGGCCCAGCUGGAUGCUCAGUUGAAGGCAAAAACAGAGAUGCUGCUGUCGACGGAGGCUGCCAAGGCAGCACUGAAGGCAAAUCUGGAGAACAACCUAGAGACGGCACAGCACGCCGUGCAGGACAAGCAGCAGGAGCUCAGUAAGGUCCAGAAGAAGUUGGAGGAGAAGAACCUGAGGCUGAAGGAGAGACAAGAGCAAAGUUCCCAGCUGGAGGCCUCCCUGAAGGAGCACAAAGACAAACUGCUGGCCUCAGACCAGCGAGUUGAGCAGCUGCAGGGCCACAACAAGAAACUGGAGGCGCAAGUUGGAGAGCUGCAGGCCGCAAAGGAGCAGACACAGCAGGAAGUGCAGAAGCUGCAGAGAGAAUCAUCCGAGUUGAAGAAGAAAGCCAAGGAGCUCCAGCGCUUGUUAGAAACAGAGAAGUCUGGAAACGCGAAUCUCCAGGAAGAGUUGAAGAAUAAAUCAGCCGCCUUGACUGAUGCGCAGAAACAGCUGGAAAACACUGAAAAGGAGAAAGUGUCUCUGAAGGUGAAUUUGGACAAGAGCAGCCAGGAGUCCAAAGCUCAGUGUGCGGAGCUGGAGAAGAGAGUUCAGAGCGUCACUACGGAGUUAUCAAAGGUCCAACUGGAGAAUGAGAGUCGCAAGAAGGAGCUUGCCAUCGCGCAGGAGAGUUUAGCUGAAACAAAAGCUGCUCUGAAAGAAAGCCAGACUCGUCUGGAGUCAGAGAGGAAGAGUCAUCAGUCGGUCUUGGUGGAGAGGGAGAAGUCCAGUGAGAAAGUCAAGCAGGAGCUUCUGAAGAGUAAUGAGUCCAUCACCAAGGCAAUGAAGGAGUCUAAAGAGCAGCUGGAGCUGAUCAGAAAGGAAGAGAAAAAGCUGCAAGGGCAGGUGACCUCUUUGGAGCAGCAGCUCGCCAAGACUGUGGCGGCGCUGAAGGAGAAGGAGGGAAGUCUGGACAAGCUGCAGGUGCAGUUCAAGACAAGCCAGGGGUCAAUGGAAGAGGAGCGGUCCAAACUGAGGGCGCAGGUCACAGAGCUACAGAAAGUUGGUGCGAAGAAGGCAGAGGAGGAGAGCAGACUGAGAGAGCAAGUGUCAAAGGUCGGUCAAGAGCUCGCCACAGAGAAGAGCAGGACAGCCGAGCUUCAGGUGUCACUAGAACAAAGUCAGCAGGGCUUCAACAAACUCCAGUCCGACUUCUAUGGAAAAGAAUCUGAAGUCUCAGCUCUGCGUCAAGACCUGAAAGUGUCAGAGGAGAAGCUCAGCCUGACGCAGGAAGAGUUGGCUGCAAACCGGACCCACCAGUUGAGUUUAGAGGCUGAGAUUCAGGAGCAGGUGAAGGCACGGCAGUCACUGGAGAAGGAGGUCAGCAGUCGAGAUCAGCAGCUGCAGCAGAAAGAGAAAGCACUCAAGGACUUCCAGAAGCAGCAGAGUCUGGAUCAGGAGCAGCUGCAGAAGGAGAGGAGCAAGCUGGAGGAGCUGAGUGAGGCGAAGCGUGCGCUGGAGAAGAAUCACAGCAAACUGACCACAGAUCUGAAAACUCUGACGGAGAAGAGCGAGAAGGAGCUGACUGACCUGCGGGAGGCCAAGCAGCUGUUGAUCCAGCAGAAGCUGGAGCUACAGGCCCAGGUGGAGGCAGCAGGGGGCGCUCUAGAGCAGGAGAAGAAGGCACACCAGGCCACCAAAGACAGCAGGAGUCAGAGAGAGGAGCAGCUCCUCAGCAAGUCCAAAGCUCUGCAAGAUCAGCUAGCGGCGGAGAAACGCGCCCGAGAUAUGCAGGCCAAGAACAGUGAGGAGGCCGAGGCCAAGCUGGGGCUGCAGGUGACGGCACUGAACGAGAAUGUGGCCACCCUGAAGAGAGAGUGGCAGGGCAGCCAGCGCCGCGUCUCCGAGCUGGAGAAGCAGACGGACGAGCUGAGAGGGGAGAUCGCCGUCCUGGAGGCCACGGUCCAGAACAACCAGGACGAGAGGAGGGCUCUGCUGGAGAGGUGCGUGAAGGGUGAAGGAGAGAUCGAGAAGCUUCAGGCCAAAGUGGUGGAGCUCCGGAGGAAACUGGACGACACAACAGCUGCCAUGCAGGAGCUGGGCCGGGAGAACCAGUCGCUGCAGAUCAAGCAGUCUCAGUCUCUGACCAGGAAGUGGGCCGAAGACCACGAGGUGCAGAACUGUAUGGCGUGUGGUAAAGGCUUCAGCGUGACCAUCAGGAAGCAUCACUGCAGACACUGUGGAAACAUCUUCUGCGCCGAGUGCUCGGCGAGGAACGCCCUGACGCCGUCCUCCAAGAAGCCGGUCCGCGUGUGCGAGACCUGUUACGACGAACUCGCAGGUUGAGCUCCUCCUACGUCCUGUUGACCUCCCGCCGUGGAGACUGAAGGACGCCGUGUAUUUGUUUCAUUUACGUGCACUACAAAGGACGAGCCCACCCCGCGGUCUCCUGAGGGGCGUUGUAUGUUUUUGUGCCUUUGCUACUUCGGUUGACCGCCAGCAGGUGGCGGCAGACGACAAAACACCACCCAUAUCUUCUGCUUGGACGUCAGUGGCUGUUGUCCGUUUUUGUUUUGACUGUGCUGUUCGAGAGGGGGACGGUGAUCACUGCCAGCCCUGGGGUGUCAAUGCAGGUCACUGUCCUUCAUUGGUCAUGAUGGUGGAGAAAACCCCAGGUACUGAAACCUGCAAGUUGAUGUGUAAACCGAUCGUUCAUGGGAGGAAAUUGGAGUUUUCAGUUUUACUGUCACCAACCUGGCGCUCACUCCAAACUUAGUUGUCGGUUUUCGAUCUCUCUUCACCACAAAAGAUUUAACAGAACUAGAACCACCCUGAUCAAGUGGACGUCCUACCUACGAUUUGUUAACAAAGCACUUCUGAGCACAAUUGGAACGCCACACAAACACAUCUACGUUCAACACCAUCCGUGGUCCCACUACCUUACUUCACUUCAGGUUCCAGUUCAGUGUUCAGUGAUUUAUUUUUGUCCAUGACCAAAGAAUGUCUGUGCCCGCAACAGACCUGCUUCUCAUUCACAUUUCAGUAUUUUAUAGAAGGAUAUUUCAACAUUUUAUCAAGACGUGAUGCUUUUAAAUGUUCCGCUAGAAGUUUAAAUGUUUUUUUUUUUUUUUAAAUAUACGACUGAUCUGAAGUGGCAACGUCGGUGAUGACAGUGUCUGCAUGUUGAUUUUCCUGCUGCUUGGUUCUCCAUCGCACUGAAUGUGUGUCUAUGUGUGUGUGUGUGUGUGUGUGUGCUUCAGGGCAAUAACUCAUUUUCUGUUUGUCAACAUGAAUCUGCUGUUCCUGUGUCUCUUCAAGUUUUGGCGAUACACCUGCUGCGUUCAGGUGCAGUUCUUAGCGUGGGAUAUCAGAGUUGUCCCCACCACAUGGUCGUGUCUCGCACUGGUUCCUUCUCAGGACUUAAUUCAGUCCCCUUUGCCCCGUACACAAGAAUGUUGCUCUGGAGUUCACACUUUCAUUUUUGUCUACCUCAGGUUGGCACAGGGAAUUAUUCCCAAACUUAAAAGAUUAGACUUAUGUCAUGGUCUGGAUUGCCCUGAGGAUUUGUGGUGAAAUCUAGAAAGUGAUUUGCACCUUAACUGUGUUCUGGGCUGAAGCCGGACUGACCUGCUCCUAGAUGUCUGGAUCGCUCUUGUCGCAGGGAGAAAAUUGCCCCCCAAAUUUGUCAGUCAAAAUGUUGGAGGCUCAAAGGCCUCAUGCCAUGUGACUUACUGCUGCCGCGUGCGGGGAAAAGACAUGUUCACUAGUGUCACUUAACAUUUUCUUAUUCAUCUGUACACAUCUGAAUAAAAACUACUGUAUCUUUCUACUCCUGUUUUUAUGCUGGUCGUAAUGUUAUGGAUAUUCAACGUUUCUUUAAAUAUGAGGCAGCUGGGUCACUGCAAGGUUGCAGGUUUGCUUCCUUUCCUGUGUGGAGUUUCUAUGCUCUCCGUCUGCUUGCGCAAGUUUACUCCAGUUUCCUCCCACAGUCAAAAAAAACCAGUUUAAUUGUGUACUGUACUCCGUGUGGCCCCUCAAGGCGAG